GUUGUUGUUUAUGUUUUGCUAUGAAUAAAAACCAAGAUAAUUUUUUGACUAUAAAUAAAAAACUAGAAGAUUUCUUUGUUAUAAAUAAAGAGAAUAAAGAGCAAGAAAAUUUUACGGAUAAAGCAUCAAAUAAUUUUAUGAAUAAAGAAGCCAUAGAUUCUGAAUUUGAAAUAGGUCAAGUCGAAAAUUGGAUUCAAUACUCAGACUGUAUUUUACAUGAUGUUACUCACAAGACUAAUUGUUACAGAAUGGCAUUGGCAUUGUUUGUUGGGUUUGACAUCACAAAUAUUUAUCCAGCUGUUAUUCUUAUUAAUGCCGAUCCAGCAGUUGAUGCUAUAAUUUAUCAAUACAGUACAAAAGAAAUUGGUGCAGAAGAGCCAUUUAUAGUGGUAGACAAGUUUUUUAUAGAAGUACCAAAAGUACUUAAUUUUCUGGUUCUGUAUUUGUAUCUUAAACAAGAAAAGUCUAAUUUCCAAGCAGAAAAUUUGACAACUCUUGAACAAAAAAUGAUGUAUGGAAAUAUUCAUGGCAUAUACAAAAAGGCCCUUCAUAAAGCAUUACAAAAUAAAACAAAAUCACAAUAUUUAAUCAAAUUACUUGAAAAUUUUGUUGAAGAUGAUAAUGACAAGCAAUAUAAAUUAGAUGAUUCACAAGAAAUUGAUAGUCUGGAUGAUGAAAAAAAAAAUAGUGAUCCUAUGAUUCUUUAUAUACAAACCCCAAAAAUACACUGUGGUAGAGGUCAUCCCAAAGGUACCAAAUGCUUAAAAUCAGCACAUAAAGUAUCAAAACCUAUGGCAAAUUAA